GCUGGAGCCGGGACUUUUUGAGUGGAUGGGCUGGUACCCCAGCGGUGUGCCCGACUGGCUGACCAAGAGUGAGUUGGUGGAGGCCAACUACAACAUCGACUUGAGCUACCAGCCCGUUCAGGCCUCGGGGCAGCUGACCGCCACAGAGCAGUUCUAUAGCCGCAACCACGACGUCCUGCUGCAGCUGCUGGAGCGCACAACUGGCAACAUCCUGGUGGUGGCCCAUGCCACGACACUGGACACCUGCACCCGCCAGUUGACUGGUGGCUCUCCGCGGAGCAGCCACGAGCUGUUGCAGGCUAUGCACAAGAUCCCCUACUGCAGUCUGGCCACCGUCGAGCAGGUGAAUGGCCUCUGGGCCUGGUCGCUGGUCGACCCCGAGUGCCUGCCGGUGACGCAUUCCAAGAAUCGCCGCUUCAAGUGGAAUGCCCUGGCGACCAUCUAAUGGCUGCUAGACUGCCCGACUG